AUGAAGGUCACGUGCAAAACUUACCUAGGUGCGGGCGAUGGUGAUGUUACGCGUACAACACUCGUGUCGGGUGGCGCGCGGCGGACUGGCGGGCAGCAGCUAUCGUCGCCGCGGCAGCAGCGGCCCCCGUCCGCACCCCGCGCCGCGCUGCAUUCCGUGCGACCGCCCGGAGCCGUCGGCAGAGCCGCCGGUCUCGCUUCGCAUCCACAUCAUGGCUGCCUCAUACCUAACCACACCUCGGUCGGCACGCGCCAACACUCUUUAACCUCUGCGUGA